AUGUUACGCAUCAAUGAGCUUCUCAAUCCCAUUUCACCCGAAGACAGCGGCGGGAAUGAUGACAGAACAGCUCACGCCUCUUCAGGGGCAUCCAGUUCCUGGCAUCGAUACCCGGUACUGAACAGUGAUCAACAAGGAGCACCCAGCACUACGCGCACUGAGCAAAUUUUGCUUUCGACUCCAGACACACAAGGACCAGUCAACUUUCCUCCAUUUGAAAACGUCGAUGAGAAAACUAGGCAGAAAAUAACAGCAUUCAAUAUCCCGCAGUUUGGAUCCAUCACAAAGAGCUAUGAGCACGUUCCUUACAACAGCUCCAAAAGGGACUUCUUCGCAAAGACUGGCCGAGAAUGUAUCGAAGCUUUCAAAUAUACCUUUCAGCUUCCAAGGAAUCCCGCCGUGUUCACGGUCAUGUGGGACUACAACAUAGGUCUUGUUAGAAUGACCCCUUUCUUCAAAUGCAUGGGGUAUCCCAAGACAAGGCCGUCUCAAAUGCUGGACAAGAAUCCUGGGCUACGAGAUAUUUGUCCCAGCAUCACAGGGGGAGCAGUGUUUGCGCAAGCUAGAGAUAUUCCUAGGGUAUUGGAUGCCAUACAAGUGUGCCAAAGCUCUUUGAUUCCGCUAUUCGGUCCUGGGUUUCCAUCGGAGUGCAUAUCGCCAGAUUCAGCGCACUUCUCCAGUAUGACCAUCAGUCAGGAAUUGAUCAAGGAGGUUUCAGAGCAAGCGCAACGACUUCACCAAGGACCUACCGAGCAGAAUACAACAAGCUAUGUCUUCCCACGGCGACCUCCAGGGCGAAAUAUCCGCACAACACGGGCUACGCCUAUAGGAGGACCACCCCAAACGAACACUCAACCCAUUAGCAGACCGCAGACCUACUUCAAUCCAGUCACAAGAGGGCAGCAGCAAAAUGAUAUAUCUCGAGCAGACGACCAGGGCUUCUACCCGCCGCCAAGGACGGAGACCAGCGCUAUAAGACGAACGGCUCAGACCAGCGGCGUUGUAUUGUCAAGCCAUGCCAGCGAGUAUUUUCCUGCUGUAAGGGCCCCAGAAACUAAUCCCCUUAGACGGUCCAGACAAAUACCUUCAGCAGAUCAAUCUUACGAAACCAGCCCGAGGAGUAGGAAACGACGAAAACUGAGCUCUGAUGCGUCCUUCGAUGGCGUUUACGACUCCAUGCCAAGGCGCAGCCAGUCAACAAGGAAAUCACUGCCGAAGAGCAGACUCCUAAGCGGGACCAAUGUGAGCGAACAGAAAUGUAUGGAAGAGCCCGGGGCUGGUUCCUCUGGUGGCGCCAAUACACUCGUGAUUGGGGCAGGAGAAGGGGUGGUUGAUGAAGGAUGUAGACGCCAAGCAGGUCCAUUCGUUUGGACUCCUGGAAGGAGGAAAUCCAUCUAA